AUGAAUGACCUGUCCCUGCGCACACGGGGUUACUUUAAGUACUUAACGAACUGUUCGGCAAAUAAGAAAGAAUGGAACCGAGCAGUGCUUGUUUUACACAGAGACCCGAAAAAUACCGUUAUCAUGGCUGAUUUACAAGAUACGGAAUAUGAGACUUUAGACCUACCUGAUACAAAAAUAAUCAUUCCAUUAAAUUCUUUCAAAGUUUGUCGAAAACAUAUUGUUUCUGGUCACGCAUCAAUAUCUAAUGAGAAUUGUCAUCCUAACCAGAAGCAUUCUUUGAACACUGUUAAAAAUGCUAUUCCAUGUAACCAAAUUCAUCUAAGUUCGCGAUUUUUAUUUGGUAAAAAGCAGUUGUGGCUGGGUUUUACAUCUCUGUUUGACCAAGAUAUAUGGUAUUCGUCUUUGAAAACUUUGGUUACAAAGCACAGAAACAAGAAGAAUACUUUAAAUGGUCCCGAUUUACUACGAGCAUCUGCAUUAAGUUUAUCCCAAACGUCGGAGUUGGAUUUACUUGCUUCAGCCCUGCCAAAUAUCUUAGAUAAUGAAAUAUAUGAAAGUACUUCUCCUCAAGAUACAUUUUCUGUCUACAUAAUUCAUACAGAAAAAUCAAAAGAUUUAGGGUUGUCUGGUCGUUACUUACUACGUAUAAAAGAAAAUGCAUUUGAACUACUUGAUCCGGACACAUAUUCAAUAGUAAAAGUAUGGCCGGUCAAAUAUGCGCGCAAAUUCGGUGUGUAUACCAAACGUUUUUAUUUAAUAACUGGAAGUGGAUGUGAAGAUGGUCGCGGAUUGUUCAUCUUUCUAAUAGAGCAUGCUGAUAAAUUUCAAUCAAGACUAUUUCGUCAAAUGAAACAAUUAACUAUGCAGUCUCAGUUAUCUAGACGUGUUACCGACUCUAGCAAAUGGAUAAUAGAUCAAGAGAUUAAAAAGGAAUCUGGUGAAUUUCACUUAAAUGAAACAAAUCAUUGUUGGUUUUCGUCAGAGCCUAGAAAAAAGAAAAAUAUUCUAACGUCGCUCAACUCAGUUGAUCCGUUAUUGAAAACUAAACCACGUUCCAACUCUGUUAAUGAAUUUCUACUACAAAAUAUAGAAUCAAAUAAUUUAUAUCAAAGGCAAAAUUCUUCAAAUAUGUUACCAAAAGAAAUCUCUGUCUCAUUAGCUUAUGAUAGCGAUGCAAAAUCUUCAUCAUCAUCAUGGAUAUUUCCAGAGGAAAACUUCAUAAUAACGUCUGGUAAAUGUUUUGCUGAACGUUCAUGUCAAACUAUAUUUGAAGUAAAUACAGCAGAGCAGUUAAAACAUUCUAGUAAUGUUAAUUCACCACGAGUAACUGUAGUAAAACAACAAAUACAAGAAAAAAACAUGAUUCAUAACGAUUAUAGUUCUCAAGAAACAUUCAUUUCAGAAACACUGUGCGAACGUGAAGAUGAUAAUGUUUUCCUAGAAAAAGAAGAGGAAGAAGAUAAUUUAAGCGAAGCUUCACAACCCGUUUAUGCUAAUGCUGAACAAAUCACCAAUACGAUGUUCAACACAAAAUAUUCCAAUAAUCAUAAUCAAAAAUUACUAACAAAUAGUGGAAGCAAUGAGGAUGAAACAACAGUGACAUCAUGCUCAAUGAAUGUGAACUCACCAGUGUCAGCAAUAAGCGAUACACCAUCUCUGUUAACGUCGUCAUCAUCUACUUUAAUAAAUAAACCAGUUAAUACUUCGUGUUCAUAUACAAAAAAUUGGAAACUUGGUUACCUAAUUGAACCAAUAAUGGAAAGAGAAGAACAAAACUCACAUAACUCAUCUAUAUCCGCUGGUAAUGAAGAAUGUAAUGCAGCUUAUAAAGAAGAAUGUGAUGGUUUAGUCACUUCAUCAACACCAGAUAAUGAUAUAGAUAUAAAAAAGAUUAACAAUACUUGUCUUAGUAAAUCACUAGCUGAUGAAUUAGAAAAUACAGAUGAAGAAAACGAUUCGGUUUGUGAAAAUGUUCAGUUAACAAAAGAAUUUCAAAACAUUUUAGAAGACGUAAAAUUUUAUCGAUUGGUUUCAAGAUCAGCUACUUGGGAUGGAUGGAUGAAAUUGAAGACAAAUACAAAACAAGAAGUUACGUCACAGAAAGUUAUUGUACAAACAGAUACCAACAUUGAAAAUGACAAUAUUACUACAAUUAUUACUAAUACUAACGAUCAUCACGACAGCCCUAAAAUGAAAGAUAAUUCACAUAUUGUUGUGAUGACAGCAUUUUGAAUUGAAUAACGGUAGUGUAAUUGGUAAUGAGUAAACUAACAGUUAUUUUCUUAUUAAUUUUACCCAUCAACUAUAUGUUGUUCAUUAUAAAAACAUACUUAUGAAAUGGAAGAUUUUCCAUUUCAUUGUAGGUACUCUCAUGUGAUUAACAGUUGUAUACAAAACGAAAAUAUUUUCCUGGGAAUUCAUUAGUGUAUGGUUUGAUUUAUAUUACUUUUUAUUUAAAA